ACCUCUUCUCUCUCUCUCUGUCCAAAAAAAGGGGGAAAAAAAAAACAGAGGCAAAAAGAAGAAGCUAAAUACAACUCCGAAAGCCCAAACCAGAAUCCCAUUAUGUCAUGUUCCAGAUCGAGAUUCAUUCUGUUCGUCACCAUUUUCCUCUUCGUUAAUGCCUCUGCUUGCGAAAGUUCUCACCUUCUCCACACUGUAAUACGUAAAUCCGAGGGAAAACAAGGAGGUUUUGAUGAUAUUGUAAGAUGGGAAACGACAAGAAGGUCUCUUGCGGAAGAGGCAGUGGACAACUCGUCUCUGAUAUUGGCUGAAGGGAGGACUCGGAGAAGGGACCCACUUGAUGGGUUUACGCGCUACAAUGGUGGUUGGAAUAUCAGCAAUAGCCACUACUGGGCUUCAGUUGCUUUUACUGCGGUCCCCUUAUUUGUCAUUGCUGGGAUAUGGUUCGUGGUGUUUGGACUUAGCUUGUCCCUCAUCUGUCUCUGUUACUGUUGUUGUCCUAGGGAGCCUUAUGGCUACUCUCGGACAGCCUAUGCUCUCUCUCUGAUCCUUCUCAUCCUUUUCACCAUUGCUGCAAUUGUGGGGUGCAUUGUGUUGUAUACCGGUCAGGGAAAGCUUCAUGACAGCACAAAGGACACGCUAAAUUAUGUAGUACAUCAGGCAGAUGUAACUGUCGAAAACCUCAGGAAUGUGUCAGAUUAUCUCGCUGCAGCCAAACGGAUUGGAGUCGAUGCAGUGUUUCUCCCGGAAGAGGUCCAGAAUAAAAUUGAUCAAAUUCAAACGAAGAUCAAUUCUUCUGCGACGACUCUUUCUAAAACAACCCAAGAUAAUUCAAUGCAGAUACAAGAUGGCCUGGAUAGCAUGAGAUUGGCUCUAAUUAUUGUCGCUGCUGUUAUGCUCUUUUUGGCAUUUCUUGGAUUCUUGUUUUCGGUGUUUGGGUUGCGAGUUCUUGUAUACAUCUUGGUGAUUGUUGGGUGGAUUCUUGUGGCGGGUACAUUCAUAUUGUGUGGUGUAUUUCUUCUCCUCCACAAUGUGGUUGCAGAUACAUGUGUUGCAAUGGAUGAAUGGGUCCAGAACCCCACUGCUCACACAGCUUUAGAUGAUAUUCUCCCAUGUGUGGACAACGCUACUGCCCAAGAAACCUUGUUACGGACCAGGGAUGUCACCUACCAAGUUGUCAAUGUGGUUGAUACAGUCAUCAACAAAGUCACAAACCUUGAUAUUCCGCCCAAUGGAUCACCCUUAUAUUUCAAUCAGUCUGGUCCAUUGAUGCCCCUUCUUUGCAACCCGUUCAAUGCUGAUCUCAGUGACCGUCAAUGCAACGCCAGUGAAGUACAUCUGAAUAAGGCUACUCAGGUCUGGAAGAAUUAUGUCUGUGAGGUCUCUGCAUCCGGAAUCUGUGCCACACCCGGACGGUUAACUCCCUCCAUCUAUGGGCAAAUGGAGGCUGCAGUAAAUGUGAGCUAUGGUUUGUAUCGGUACGGUCCCUUCUUGGUUGACCUACAAGACUGUACUUUUGUGAGGCAAACAUUCACAGACAUCAGCAAAACCUACUGUCCCAGCCUGCGACGACAUAGCCAAUGGAUCUACAUCGGGUUAGUAAUGGUCUCUUCUGCAGUAAUGCUGUCACUGAUCUUCUGGGUUAUCUACGCGAGGGAGCGAAGGCACCGUGUAUAUACGAAGCAGUUCAAUGCCAGAGCUGCCGGAGAAGACCCAAACAAGGCUGCAUAGACAUCUACUCCAAUCAUGCUUUGUUGGCUGAAAGUUCUUUCUUCGUGAUAUGUAUAUUUUGAGUGAAACUACACAAUCAGGUUUGUACAUUAUGCGAGUUAUCUAUCCCUUUUGGGUUUUGAUUGUGUGAAGUUUUUAGCUGACAAGCUGUUAUUAAUGUUUCCAAUAGCUCCUUGAGAAAGGGCUGAGUUAUGGGCAACUUUUGUGCCCAUUAGGAAGAACAAUAUUUUAAUACCAGUCUCAAAAGAUCACUAGGCUUUUUGCCCGCACGCGUUGCUACGGGAAAAAUUGUUUUAUUAUAGAAGAAGUCAUGACUUUUUA